UUCCAGCGCAACUAUUUUGGAGAGGGGGAGGGAGGGCAGAGGGGAGGACGCGAACCACCGAAGAACAGAAUACCACUCGUCUCACUCGGUGCAGUCUGCGACUACCGGCGGAAAACGCACAAGCCGAAAUGAGACAUGCGGAAUCAAGCUGACUGUAGUAGCAAAUUUCCGUGUCCGUCGCGCGGAUGCUUCUAUGGAAUCGCGGCUAAAGUAUGAACUCGCGCGCGCGUACCCCAUACCAGUCCAAACUGGCGGGACUCGCACUGGUGCCCAACGCAAGUGGAGAGGAAAGCGAACGAGGAAGAAGAGGAGGAGGAGGAAGAGGAAAGGAGCGAGCUCAAGCGACAACCGUGGAUUACCCUACAGCCUGCACGCCGAGCAUUGGAAAUAUGGCCUGCCCCAGGCAACAAUCUUCGGAUAGCCAUUCCAGACAGCUGCAGGUAAACUGUGAACUCAAACUCGUGCGUGCGUAGACCGAUCUCCACGGCCAGUGCCGGAGAAAGUACCCGCACAGAGGACCCACACGAGCGGAGAUCAGAAAAGCCAGAGCAAAGCCUCAUGCCUAGGCAGAGGAGCUACGCCAAGUGUGGGAGCGAACGAUGCUGCAGGCAGGUUGAAACAUCAAAUCUGUUCGAAUACAGCUGGGGGGAGAGGAGAGAGGAGCCAACGAGGAGCGAAGGGGAGGGCGAACUGCGCCGGCAGGAUGUGGCAGCAGCGCGAGCCCGCAAGGGGCCAACCGCGAAUUUCUGGACAAGACGGGGCGAAACGCCCGGCAAGCACGCUUGGCGGGACGCCGGCGCCGCCCGCGCAGAAGCGGCGGGCCCGCGGGCAGGUGGCGUGCGCAUUCGGGAGAUCGAAGCACUCCUUCAACGCAGCACGACCUGGGAAUGACAAACAACUCAUGCAAGACAUCAUGCAAACUACCACUGCGUAGAAGACUCACCACCACCGAAAACAGAAGAGGAAAGCGAGAGCGGGAGGAGGCGGAGGACGGAGGCGGAGGACGGAGGGGGGAGGGGAGGAGGACCGCCCUCGACGAGCGUCUCGACAGCAUCACUGGCCCUCCGGCCGGCCCGACAAAACUGCAUCCCGGUUGAAACAGUGUGGGGGGAGAGGAGGUGUGCAUCACGCUUCCUCUUUCCCCCGGGGGGUCCGAAAUCGCAUUUUCGCUCUUCACAGUCGACGUGGGAACCAACGUCUGAAAGCGCUAGAAGCUUCAAGUCCUGCGCGGCUCGAAUUAGGUGAGUCAUGCAGUCAUGCAACUCGAGUCCCGAAGAAGGCCAGGGUAUGGAGGGCGAGGACACGGUGGGGGUUAUGGAGAUACAGAUCCGCAGCAAAAACAACUUCCACCAAAACGAGCGCCGAAGACAAUGAGAGCCCCACGGAGGCCGCGCGCUGAGUCCUGCAAGAUUCCACCAGCCCAGGGGGCAGAAGUGGUCGAGAUUGUCCCGCAUUGGGGUCAACAGGGCGGCAGCUGCGGGCCUCGAGGCUCGUCGCGCUUUGCAGGACUACGUCACGCGAGAUACACCUACAAACGCUGCAGGUUGUCGGCCGCCAACUCGUCACUGACGAGCUCGCGGGCCCCGUGCGCAUGGAGGUCAUCGUUCAUGUCGUCCUUCU